AUGAAACUCUACAACAUGUCGUGGUUGUUGCUGGCACUCGUUGCUGCGAUUGAAGCUACUAAUGCAGUGGACCUUCCGGAAUAUCUCCAUGUUUGCCACCGGGAGGAUCCUAAGUUGACCGAGUGCAUGAAGGAAUCGAUCGAAACGUUACGCCCUCAUCUGGCCCGCGGUAUCCCCGAGCUCGACAUUCCCUCGAUCGACCCGAUCCUCUUAGGGGACCUCAUCGUGGCGGAAAGUGUGCCCGGUCAGGGUGUGAGCAUCUCCGCGAAGGACAUCAAGGCUUACGGCCCCUCGAACUUUAAGCUGAAGAAGCUGACUGUCGUAGAGUACGGAAAGAUCUACUCGUUCGAGUUGGAGCUGCCGCAUCUGUACGUCGAGGGACGGUACAUCGUGGAUGGAAGGAUCCUGCUGCUUCCGGUGAAGGGUUCCGGCAAGUUCACUGGAAACUUCACCCAAGGAAUCGGUAGCGUGCGAAUCAAGGGAGACCGCAAGCGUAUCAACGGAAAGGAUCAUCUGUCGCUCGCCAAACUCGACAUCAAGAUCCGAGUUUCCGACGGACGGAUUAAACUUGAAAACCUUUUCGGUGGAGAUCGAGUGCUUGGCGAAAUCAUCAACGAAACCAUCAACCAGAACUUCAACCUGCUCAGCACCGAGCUGAUCCCGCUGAUCGAGAAAGCCCUGCAGAGGAUAUUCAAGCGGACAGGCAACAAAAUCCUGGAGCGCUUCCCCGAGGAAAUCGUUACAUUCGAGUUUGAGUUUGUAGUGUCGCACAAACGCCGUCAUCUCGUCAUGGUACGUUCUGGAAGUACACGGUACGGUUCUAGCGGAGGUCACCACGCCAAAGGGCAACGGUGGGUGACACGCUUUUGCCCCAACUUGGGCAUGGGCACAUUGCUGGUGGUCACUGGGCUGCUUUUGCCGCUGGUUUUCCACACGUCGGAGGCGAAAGAAGUCGCCAUUCGGAACAAAGAUGUACCGCAGUAUCAAGAGAAACCUGAGUGGCUGCGAGUAUGUCGCCGGGCGAACCCGAACGAGGACGACUGCUUCCGCAAGAUGUUUGAGGGAACGUUCCCGUACAUCGCCAAAGGUAUUCCGGAAAUCGGCGUCCAACCGUUCGAUCCGCUGCGGAUAGAGUCGAUCCAGGUUUCGCGCGGCUCGGGCGGCCUGACGCUGAGCGGUGGCUUCAAGAAGCUCAGCAUCAAGGGUCCCUCGAACACCACCGUGCGCCGCGCCUUUCUCGACUUUGAGAAGAAAGCGCUCGGCUUCGAGCUGGAGAUCCCGAAGCUGCGCAUCGACGCCAGCUACAACCUGAAGGGAAAUGUGCUGCUGCUGCCACUGGUUGGCGAUGGCGAUGUGACGAUGACGCUCAAGAACGUCAAGACCACGGUCGCGACCAAGUUCUCCGUGCGACCCCUGCCCGAGGUAAGUGAGGACGCUAUUUUUAUUGACGAGAUGAAAGUGACCUUCCUCGUUGGUGGCAUGCGCAUUCACCUGGACAACCUGUUCCAAGGGAAUCAGGUGCUCGGGGCCUCGCUGAACCUGUUCCUCAACCAGAACGCGAACGAAGUCAUCGGCGAGCUGCGGUCCGAUCUCGAGCACGGCCUGGCCGACAUCUUCAUCGGUCUCUGGAACGAACUGUUCAACAAGCUGCCACUGAAGCUCUGGAUCGCGUAA